AUGGCGAUUAACGAGAUCGUCACUGAUCCGUCCUUGUUGCCCGUGCUGCAGACCAGCGCCGAAACUCAAGAACAAUGUCAGAAGCUGCUGUCCUUGCUCAAUCCCACGGCGGACGUCUCGUCGCCUGAAUCUCCAGAGAACCCGGCUCUCGCAGUAUCUAGACAACAAAAACAGUUAUUCGCCGUACUGGCCCAGCUCCGGGGUCAGAAUCGUGACGCCAUCUUCGGGGUUCGGGAUACGAAACAAUCGACAGCAGAAGCGCGCCAGGAGAUUGAUCGGUUACACCUUCAGCUACAGAAUUUGUACUAUGAGCAGAGGCAUCUGACGGGAGAGAUCGCGGCUUGCGAGUCUUACGAUCACAAAUACCUCUCGCUGCCUUUGAUCCCCGUCGAAGAGUUUCUGGCGCUGCACCCCGAACACAAAGAAUCCAACGAACAUGAAAUUAUGAUCGCGCGCAUCAACCACGAACAUGCCGAACGGGAGAAGCUCGAACAAGCUCGACAGGAGCUGUUGAAGCGCAAACAGGCUCUGAUCGCAGAGAACAAGAAGCGCAAAGACGACCUGGCCAGCUUGGACCAGGAUCUGGAGCGGUUUAUCGAUUUGUGUCCCUUUACGGUGCGGCCAAACAUAUCAGAGCUAACCUCCGCCUUGAACCCCGACUACCACAACAACAUCGCACUGGGAACAACCCACUGCGCAAACACAUCAAUCCUAUACACGCGAUCAAAUAAUGCUGUCAUGACCACCAAGAAUGAAGACCUGGGGUCUUCUCCGCAGACUUCCUCCGACCCCGACAACACCGCAACCACCACCAUGAGCUCCAAGACCAGCGCUCAGCGCGUCCCUCCCCCAGAAAAACCAGAGACAACCCGGACUAGGUUCAAGGUGAUUGCGGCCUUUUGGGCUGUGAUUAUCUUUCUGGGCUUGCCUAUCUGGUGGAAGACGACGUCGAUUUACAGAGCACAUUUGCCUUUCCAGGAGAUGGUCGAUUGGGCCGAUGGCAAGAGUUGCAGACUUGUUUUCCCAUUGGAAAUCCAAAUCGCUGCUCCGUCGAUGCCAGACCCCGAAGCGCAGUUACUCCUCCGUACGACGCAACAUACCCUCGAUGAUCUCAACGAAUUCUCGGCCCAUCACCUAAGAUUGAAAUUGACAGAAGAUGGAGACAAUACUGGAGAUAUUAAGGAAGAAGCGCACGGAAAACCGGACACUGCGUUGACCGUCCGUCUGGUGCCGCAGGACAACCUGCCAACACCCAGAUCGGAACUGAGCCCGGAAACCACUCAACUGGACGUGUUCUACUCCCCCAACCAAAGCCCGGUUCCUUCGUCGUCCAACUCGCCCUUGUCAACCUUUAUUGCCGGUGAAUUGCAGCGCUUUUUCAGCGAGGAGAAAGCGACCAUCGCGCACAUAUUGUCCAACGGCCAUACCCAACUGUCGGAGAACAUCAGCAGGAGAUUGAGACGCUCGUUGAAGUACGCGGAUACAUAUCAUCUGGCUUUCUCGCUGUUCACUCCGGGACCUGCGCCGUCGUCAUGGGAGAUUCAAGAAGCCAUUGAGGGUUACCUUUCGCCGCUCCUGGAAGCCUUUUCCCCGAUCAGCAACUUCACGGUCGACACGCAAGUUCAAUUGUACGCGACGUUCUCGCCUACGGCACCAUUGCCUGAAUUUGAUGAGUCGCAAUCAGCAUGGACCUUGAAGCAGGAGGAUCUUAGCGCCUUUGUCAACGCCGCAGAAUGGCCCUUGAGUCCUAGCAUUGGCAGCGGCCCGACUAUCAACUUCCUCCUCUAUGUCCCUGACCCAUCUCAGUCUCCCAUGGUCGUGAAAGAAAACACUGCAACGAGCUGGAUCAUCCCACAAUGGGGCGGCGUAUUCCUCCUCAACCCACCCCUAUCCAACGAAAACCCAUCCAACCCACCACACCUUUCCAAAGACUCUCUCCGCCCCGCCUUUAUGACCUUCUCCCACCAACUCCUCACCCUCCUGGGCACCCCCACGACACCAACAUCCCUCCCCCUCCGCCUCCAAACACUCAUCCGCAUCCGCGCCGCAACCCUCCUCCUCUCCGCCUCCUCAACAAUGGGCUCCCUAGCCCGCCUCACCGAAUCCCUCCCUUCAAUCCCCAUCCCCGCAACCGUCGCCGCAUCCGUCUCAACAACCCUCUCGCACCUCUCUGCGGCGUGUACCCAUCUACGCGAGGGCCGCUUUUCCGCUGCUCUGGACAACGCGCGGGUGGCUGAGACAGAAGCGGAACGCAGCUUCUUUGAGAAGAGUAUGGUGGGACAGGUGUAUUUCCCGGAUGAGCACAAGGUGGCUGUUUACUUACCGUUGCUGGGGCCUAUUGGGGUACCGCUUGUUGUUGGGUUGUUGAAGGAGGUUAAGAGGAUUGUUAAGGGGUUGAAGGGUAGGUGA